GAACAUGACGUCAUAUAGAAAAAUGAAAUAAACACACUUAACAGAUUGUCAGUGUGAACAUAUGCUACUCAUUAAAAUGAAGGUGCCGGAGGAGGAAUUAAUGAGCGACAUCCUGAAGCGGUUAACAGGAGAGUCUGCACUGCCUGCGUACAGCAACAUAGAGAAGUUCAAACGAGGGAAGGACGGCUCAUACUUUGUGGCCGAGGACUUCAGUGAGACUGUGAAGAAAAGAGAGUUGGUCAACGCCAAGGAGAGACUGAGAAUCAGGAACUUGAACACCAUGUUCUCCCGCUUGAAGCGCAUGGUGCCAAUAAUGCGACCAGACCGUAAGCCCAGUAAAGUGGACACACUCAAAGCUGCGACGGAAUACAUUCGAUUGCUUGUUGCAGUUUUGCAGGAUACUGACAGAGAUGAUGGCAGUGGGACUGAUUUCCUAAAGAAUGCAAUCACUUAUGGUCAGACUGAAUGCCUGAGCAAUGACCUAUGGAGAAUGGAUGAUCUGCUGAACGUGUCAGAGGAGCACAUUGAGGACGGAUUCACCAUGCCCUCAGAGCCGGUAUCAGAGGACGGAGAUAUGACCAGACUGGUGUUGCAACAUUGUGUUAUGCCUGGAUACCAGUUCAUCAUCCAAGUAGCUCCUGAUCAGACUUUGAUGUCUCAACCCUGCUGAGUGGUGUUUAGAGCGGAUAUUGGAAACCUGCCAGGGGCCUGCUAAAGAAAGGAUUAACCUCGAAGAAAAUGCAGUUUUAUUUGUCUUAUUUCAUUUAACUUUUGAAGUUUACAUUUUGUUUGAGUCAAAAUGAAUGUUUUUAUUUUUAUUGUACAAACUGUAUCCUUGGCAGCCCUUAAAUAAAAUGUACAAGACAG